GCAUAUCAGGAGGCAAAUGACGAGGGGAGAGAGAUAGCAGGCGGUGUGACAGAUAAGAGUGUGGCAGAACUUGCCUCCCUGACAGUACAGUGGGCCGGAGAAAGAAGGAACAAUUGGACCUGAGUGUCAGCCUGCAGCCUGCACCACAAUCACUCACUCAUAAUCACAGAAACUGUCAUUCCCCAGAGCCUGGCUGCAGCAGGACUUCAGAGACAGCUGACCUCAAAAAAGGGAUGAUGGGAGAGCUGUCAGUGAAAGAGAAGGAGCUGAUACGAGGCAGCUGGGAGAGCUUGGGAAUAAACAAAGUUCCUCAUGGUGUCAUCAUGUUCUCAAGGCUGUUUGAGCUGGACCCUGCACUGCUCAGCCUUUUCCACUACGGUACAAACUGUGAUUCCAAACAAGACUGUCUCUCCAGCCCCGAGUUCCUGGACCAUGUCACCAAGGUAAUGCUUGUGAUCGAUGCAGCUGUCAGCCACCUUGAUGAUCUACACACCUUGGAAGACUUUCUGGUCAAUCUUGGGAGAAAGCAUCAGGCAGUGGGAGUCAGCACACAGUCAUUCACCGAUGUAGGAGAGUCUCUUCUCUACAUGUUGCAGUGCAGUCUGGGUCAGGCUUACACAGCGCCGCUGCGCCAAGCCUGGCUUAACAUGUACAGCAUAGUGGUAGCGGUAAUGAGCAGAGGAUGGGCCAAGAACGGUGAGGACAAGGCUGACUGAGGAGCACAGCGGGAGCUGCUGAGCAGUUGCUGUCAAACCAUCAACACGGUUGCCAUGGAACAAGGUUGUGUAACAGUGCAGCAUCGUGUCUUUGGCUGCUGUACAUGUGCUCUGUGAGCUGGUUUGUAUAACAUGGCGAAUGUAUGGUGUAGUUACACUUUAAAAUUAGACCGACCGAUUGCAGAGUUUAUUUUCUUUGCUGUGGAUGUUUAGCUUCCAGUCGACGCUGCUGUACAGCUGUGAGAGUUUGAGACAGGUGGUCUUCUGAGUCUGGACCUGUAAGAUGAAAGCAUCUAAAGUUGCUUUGUAUAUAAUGGGUUUGAUAUAUUUACUAAAUAAGAGUGACUAAAGUGGUCUCUAUGUUGUGUCUUAUACGAGUUACACACUUGUGACAUACCGGAAUAUAUAUAUAUAUAUGUAUAGAUUGUAUAGAUAAAGGCAUCGCACACUAUUCAAACUGUGACUGUUAGUGUGGCCAGCUAAGGCAGCUCUGUAUCUAUCUGGAACACAGUGAUUCUUAACAUGUGAUUUUACAGGAGAAACUUUAAUCACUCUACUCAUAACUCUGUGUGUCUGCAGGUUUGAUUUAUUUAUUUUUUAUUACACUUGAUAGUAGUGGUGUAUGAUGUUUUUAUCUGAGUUUUUAGCAACUAAAACAAAUCGAGUUUACUAAACCUUUAUCAGUGGCAACGGACAAGAACUGUUAACCUUACUCAAAGCUUUCUUCGGUAUUCAAUGACUGUUAGAGUGUCUUUGCACACAUUAUUCGAUGUAGUUUGUGACACUCUCCUCAGAUCGAGGUAUGGAGUGUUUCAGUAGACGUUUAAUGACUGUUAAACUCUAUAUCAUAGACUGUUAUGUGACCUUUGGUGUUUGUCAGGAAAGGGCAUACCGGAGCAAUUGCAACAUUUUUUGCCGGUUCUUUGAUAAUUGAAAUGUUAAUGUAAUAAGUUGUAGUUGCUUAUCAUACCAGUGGUUAUAAACAGGAUUAAACAGUGGUAAAUAAAUCAUUAACAUUAUCAAACAUAACUUUUCUAUACAGGACUGAGAGUUACCUAGGCAUGGGUCAGUUGACAUCUUCAUGAUUAUAAAACUUUUAUUAAAAUAUCACAGGUAUAAAUGGUCAAAAAUGUAUUACGUAUUCAAAUACGCUUUAUUAAAAGAGAAAAGUAACAAGCAGUUCUACUGUAGAUGAAAUAAUCUAACAUAUUGAUCAUUACAGCCAAAACACAACUUUACUGGUAUGUCGAUUAUGAUCAAUCGACUCAGUAAGAUGUUUAAGAUCAACAUUUGCUAUUUUUCCUCAGACAGUGAUAUAAUGGAUGGUUCCUCAACCCCCACACAUUCACUGCCCAUGCUUUUUGCAACCUCAAAUGUAGGUAUGGAUUUACAUAAAAAUAUAGUUUUUAAUGAACGUAAAUAGCAAUAGUGCAGUUGUAUUAAAGGAAAAGUCCGGGCAUAUUCAGAAUUCAAACUUCUGAAAGUACUUUAAAUAUGAAAUUAUUACACGCUGUUUAAUAGAUGAUAAG